AUGCGGAAUGCCAGGUCGCAGAAGGUGUUGGAGCGAAACAUAGCUACGAAUAUAUGGACAGCCCGAGUUAUGCCAUUGAUGCUCGUUGGAGUCGCCGGGUAUGCAACUUACGUUACGAUUGCCCUGCUCUGUAUCAAUUAUCUUUUAGUCAAACAUGAUGAUAAAAGGGCGGCGAUCCCCAUUUUGGUUGUAUACUUGGCUCUGCUGUUGCUCAUGGCCACGUUUUUCUUAAGGCUGUAUGCUAGUACCAUCUACGAGCCUCCUUAUGUGCCUUUGGGACCGGCGGCAGUUCAGGAAAGGCGUGAUCGGUCGGAGAAAGCCAAACCCCCGUCAGAGGAGGAUGGGCUGGGUAUGGGCGAAUAUAAUGGGGUGAACGCCAAAGAUAAUCUAGACUCGCCGGGGCUAGAGUUAUUCUAUACAAAAGAUAUAUUCGUUUGCGAACCAGAUGGAAAACCCAUCUGGUGCCAAUAUUGUGCGAAUUGGAAGCCAGAUCGUACCCAUCACGACAGCUCAUCUGGACGCUGCAUUGCAAGGAUGGAUCAUUUCUGUCCCUGGGUUGGAGGUCCUGUCGGUGAAAAUAACUUCAAAUUUUUCAUUCAGUUUACUUUUUGGACUGCUAUGUAUUGUCUCCAUUUAAUGGUAGUCAUGGCGUUCUUUGUUCAUCGCCAACUGACUUCUCCGGACGAAUCUCUCAAUAGUCAUUUUGCGGCUAUAUUAGCAAUGUUAGUUGAUUCUCCUCCCGGCUACUUUGAAAAUUGUCUAAUGACUGCCAUGAUUAGUAGCGCAUUCUUUUUCUUCUUUACAGCAAGCAUGGCCGGCACAUCGCUCGACCUCGCUAUCAGAAAUCUCACCACAGUUGAAAGGCUUGGUGCGAAGACCAAGGUGCACCUCCUUGCUAUACGAAAGCCAUCCUCAUUAGAUCCAACUCAGAUGAAUCCAUACAUGGUUUCGAAUCCGCCAUAUCGCCAGAUUACAUACCCACUUAAUGCUAAUGGAUUCCCACCCGAGGUCUCGGUUCCGUCGGAUCAUUCCUCUUCAGUUGAGACGCCCACCACUGUCAAUGCGGACCAGCCACAGCAGGGGCUUAAUCAACAGGAGCAUAAACUCGGGCAAACGCCAGUAGAUAGGGCAGCGACUAGACCUGUACAUGAUGCUCAAUUAGCAACUCUGAAUGACGGAUCUGGGCCUUCAUAUAGCCGCUCCAGCACAACAGAAGCAAAUCCACCCAGAGAACUUGCAAAUGAGGCACCGGAGAUGAUGCCUGUCACAACAUCUCAGGGACCCAACUCCAGAAUAGAAAAAGUCUCCUCUAGGGAUCUGAAAGCCACUCGAACUUUUGCGGUAUUAAAAACGGAGCCUGGUGUCAACCCGUGGGAUUUAGGUUCACCUCUUUUGAACUUGAAAGUCGUCAUGGGCAACAGGAUGAUUGAUUGGUUUUUGCCGACCCGAAGUCCUUGUGCUAAUCACGAGGAUCCAGAGAGCCAGUUUCAGCUUGGGCCUGCUAUAGAUAAGCUGAGGAAAUCAUAUUUUCCGUUUGUGGAGGAUGCCCGUGUAAAUUGA